CUAGGUUUUAAUACGAAUGAAUGAGGUAAAGUUGCCUUGCAGCAUCCGAGUAUACAGUUAUUUUACCAUAAUUUAUUUAUCUGUCAGGAGAGUAUGAAGUCGUUAAACUUCUGUGAUUGAAAUUAGUUUGUUAAAUCAUGCAGCAACUAAGUGUAGGAUGGGGAAUCCUCAUUUCGUUUAUUGCCGGUGUCAUGGUAUUUAGCUGGUAUCUGCAAACUGGCUUUCAUAUAUGUGUGCCUGUGGGGAAAAUAGUUUUUUCUUCAAAAUCACUCGACGCGCAUUUGGAAUGCAGUAACGUGCUUGAGAACUUGACAAGUGGGAGGUGGGUGGUUUCACUUCAAAGCACAGAAGAGAAAGUACAGGAAUAUGAACGCCAUCUGUUGCAGUAUUGGCGGAAGAGAGGAAUUCAAACAGAAAGAUCGAGAAAAGAUGGAAAAUGUGGCAUCAAAAAUUUACAGCUAAAGCCUGUCAACAGCACGUGGCCGGACGUUGGAGCUUGGUGUGAUCUCUAUGGUAGCAAACCAUGUUGUAGUGAACGAGAAGAUGGUGUCUGUAGCGCCCCUAGCGACAGAACAUGCAAGUGUCGAAAAUACAAAAGAGCGAAUUCAACAAGUCACAAGGUUGGUACUUGGUGUGAUCCGAAUAGUGCCACACCGUGUUGUAGCAACAGGUAUUGGGGGGUGUGUUCUCCCCCGAGCGUUUACAACUGCGAAUGCCCAUCGUGCGUGGAUACGAGGUUAUACGAUCACGCGGCUCUUCGUGAGUGGAAACCACGUGACUCUCGAUGCCAGUGGCAGCAUUACUCGCGGGAUGACGCUUGUGACAUCAUAGAAAGCUCGCCUUAUAAGGACAUCUACUUCGUCGGAGAUUCAUUCACAAGAAUCAUGUUUUCGUCCUUAUUAAUGAGACUGACAAACCGACCAGUAACAGGAGCCUGGCGGAAGAAUAUGACAGAUCAGUUGAAAGAUCUAUGUUCUGAUUCCGCUUUUCCGUGUUGGAAAGCGUGCAGGCAACUCACAUCAAGUUUCGACGAUAUGGAAUACCGAUCAGAUCUCUGCGCUGGUCGGAAUGUGACGUUUAGAGCGUAUUUGAAGCGUUACUACAACACGAGAUAUUCGCUUGCGUUUAAAAAACUGGUUCAAAGCAACCUCGGGCGUGCCGGCUCAAUCAUCAUCGUGAGCAUGGGUUUCCAUGAGCAGUUUAACUUCAAUGCAGUUGCCUGGAGAUUUAUGGAACCCGCCGUUCGAUUAAUUACGGAAUACUACAGAAUGCGACCUACAGCAUCAAAACGGUGGCCUCAAAUCAUGUAUUCAUUGCCGAUGCGAUCAAGCCUGCUCAAACCGACUGAUUUUGUUCGGUUUCAACCAGAAGUCGGCCUUCUACUGUUUGAAACGCAGAUGAGAAUAUAUUGCAGGCAGCGUAAUAUUGAAGUGUUAGAUUUUCAGAAUUUGGGGGAAAAUGUAUACAGUUACGAUGGUGUGCAUUAUGAUUUAACAGUAAAUGAUAUGAAAAACCAAGUAUUAUUGAAUUAUUUUUCCACUGUUGGUAAAUAAUGUUUACCAGAUCUGGGUAUCUUUAUGUGUUAUUUGCAUCAAAAGGUAGCGUUUUUAUUGUAACAAAUAGGCUUCACCAAUCAGCAGUUGUAAUUAGAAUUUGUUGUUGUUUUGACAAACUUACCCACCAGCGUAUACAGUUUACCGUUUGUUGUUGUAUUGUUAUUGUAUUUAAGUUUUAACUGCUCAAAUAAAAUCCUUGAAAUCUUUCGUUA